UAGAUCUAUCUAGCAGAUCGGGCCCAAUCUCGCACCAGUGUCGAUAAAAAGAGCGUAGCGAUAUACUAACCACUUUGACAAAACAAUAACAUGAAUGCAAAAACAAGUAGGCUUUCCAAUCUCCGAUCGUGGAUGAGGGCCCUUCCACGCCAAACCACGUUCUUUCAAGCCACCGCCCUGUGCCUUGCCUGUGCAGCUCUCGUUUCUUAUUCUCAUCCUGGCCAUGGCCAUGCCAUGUCCUCUCCCGGCGGCCGAGAUUCACCCGGCAAACUUACCCCAGAAUUACGAAGCGCAGAAGUGGAAAGUGAAGCAUGGUAUGGAAUGGAGCAACGGCUUCGGGAUGGAGAUUGGGGAUAGCAUUGUGGAGUAUGGAGAAAGGAGAAAGGAGAGAGGGCGCUGCUAGCGAGGUCAGUUGACUCUAUUUUUUCCCUGGAGACGGGCGAGCUAAGUGGUCCUCGGUGGACGGUUCAACGGACUGGGAAAAAGGUACAGUACCGGCGAUA